AUGGCCGAGGUUGUUGCAGGGUGUGACAAGGUUGUUCCAAACCCUGCCUGCUGCUCUCAAGCGGAGUCCGAUUUCACUCUCGAUGAUGAGGAUGAUGAGGAUGACGAGGACAAUGACUGGGACGGAGAGGUCGAGUGGGACGAGAACGAGGUCGCCGAGGCUGCUCUUGAUGACGACGUCCCUGACGAGAGUGCUGCUUACCUCGACUUCCUCAACCAGGAAGCUCAAAAGUUCGGCUCAUUCGCCGAUGAUGAUGACGAUGACAUGGACGAGGAGGGCCUCCUGGAGACCCCUCUGGACAAGGUGGAGCCAUAUGGCAUGUUCAAGCAUGCCUUGCUAAGCCUCCAACAAGAACAGCCUCAACUCUACGAGAGCUUGACCAAGGUUCUCGGUCCCGAAGAGCAGCAGGUCAUCCAAGGUGUCUUCCACGAAGCCGACGCCAAGGCUAUGGCUGCCGCUGCCAACGCAGAGGCCGCCGCCGCAGCGGCCAUGCAGGCCAAUGGCCACUGA